AUGUACAGUAAAUUUGUAUUAUUGCUAUUAAUAGUGAAUAAAUUGUGGACAAAUUUCAAUGUAGACUCAUAUAUUCUGGGAAAGUCUAACUUUAGACACUUGAUUCACCAAAACGGCAUAGUAAAGGGUAUAAACAAUGUUAUUCAUAGAAAUCAUCCAUCAGAGGCCAGUGGUUCUCGACUUCGUGUCCAGAACAGUGAUUCUGUAGACACUUGCCAUAAAGGGCAAUGUUCAGUAACUUGCAACGCUAAUGGAACCAUACAAACGAGGGAAAAGUGCAUUGCUAUGAUGCUAUGCGGGGGUGUUGGUAAUAGGUUCAGUGAAUCCAUAGAUAAAGUCAAGAAUGUGACCGUGCCUGAGGGACUUCCAACGUCCAAACAGCUCAUAUCCAUCCACGGAAUCCCAGUAUUCUUGUAUUCUUUGGCCGAGUUUCUAAAUAGCUCCCUUGUUGACGAGGUAGUUAUUGCUACAAAUCAAUCGUGGUACAAGUAUAUCAUAGGGCAGAUUUAUAAACACAUUGAUUUUAUAAAUUAUAUACGGAACCCAAACUAUACAAAAAACAGUACAUUGGCAAAGGGCUGUAAAAACCCAGUCUGUAAAUGUGCAAGAGUAUAUAGACCUAACAUGGAAACAUGUGGAGAAUCGAUAGAUUAUAGCGUUUAUUCUGAUCUCGUUUCACUUGUUUACGACGUUGAAAAGGGCUCAAUAUUUGGAUCAAACACAAUUGAAAGUGUAGGUUCAAAACAGAAGUUGAUCACAUUCUGUGAAGCUGGUAGUGAACGGUACUUUUCAGUUUACAAUGGGUUAAAGCACAUCGAAAACUAUACAGAGAAUGUGCAACAAAAUUUUAACGCUAAUCACAUUGUAUUGAUGCAUGACGGAGCAAGACCACUUUUAAGAUUAAUGAACAUAAGAGAACUCGUAGAAACUGCGAAGAAGUAUGAUUGCGCAAUUCCCGGAUACAAGAGUGUGGACACCCUCAAGAGGAUACUUGAUAAAGACGGUAGUAGAAUUGUGGACUCUACUAUAGACAGGUCGAACAUUUAUAACAUCCAAACUCCACAGGCAUUCAAAUUUGGGGUAAUCAUGGAUUCUUACAAGCGUAUACUUGGUAGUGUUGAAGAUGAAAAGGAGAGUAACCAAGAUUCUUGCGCACCUUCCCUUAGCGACGAUGCGAGCUUCAUAGAGGAGUGUAAAAGUGGUGAUGUACAGCUUGUUAAGGGUAACAAAUUCAACAUCAAGAUCACUACAGCAGACGACGUUGAGCUUUGCAAGAUGCUGCUCUGGAAGACAUACUUUUCAUAA